UGCACCCCAGUAGGGGUUCAGAUUCAUCUGACACACUGGUGCAAACAGAGAAAAGUGCACAGUUCUCCUCUGAAUUUAAACUCCACAUUUUCAGUUUGUCGUUUAAAAGGGGAAUAAUUUCUGUGAGUCGACAUGAAGCCAGCAGUGGCUCUGCUGGGCCUCGUCCUGCUGCUGGACACUGCCUUUGCUGCAGAGCAGUCCUGUGUGGGUCGCUGUGGCUCCUUCAACCCACAGAGAAAAUGCCAGUGUGACUCCAUGUGUGCGUACUAUGGAAGCUGCUGUGUAGACUACGACACCAUCUGCCCCAAAAAAAUUGCUCGUGGUGAUACCUUCGAGGGAGGAGAGGAUGUAACACAACAAGUGACGACUGUUGCUACAACUGUUGCAUCAACUUUUAACACAGUUGCACCAACUGUCUCCCUCCCACCCAGCACCACACAUGAGUCCACACCACCUGUAGACCCUGACGGAGCGUCAUGCAGUGGUCGACCUUUUGAUGCUUUUCUGCAGCUGAAGAACGGUUCGAUCUAUGCAUUCAGAGGUGACUAUUUUUUUGAGUUGGAUGACAAGUCCAUACUUCCUGGUUACCCCAAACUCAUCCAGGAUGUGUGGGGAAUCACAGGGCCCAUCGACGCCGCGUUCACGCGCAUCAACUGCCAGGGAAAAAGCUACAUCUUUAAGGGGAACCAGUACUGGAGGUUUGAGGGCGAUGUCUUGGACGAGAACUAUCCGCGGGACAUUUCAGUCGGCUUUGACGGCGCACCAGAUGAUAUUGAUGCUGCGUUUGCCGUGCCAGCACCAAACCACCGUGGCAAAGAGAGAGCCUACUUUUUCAAAGGGGACAAGUAUUAUCAGUAUGAGUUCAAGCACCAGCCUUCCCAUGAGGAGUGUGUCCGCAUGAGUAGAUCCUCCCCGUCUGUGCUGUUCACGCAAUACACGGAUCUCUUCUGCGAUCAGACAUGGGAGGAUGUUUUCACAGAGCUCUUCGGAAGCGCCGUCAGCAGUCACCACACAGGCCCUCGUUUCAUCAGUAGGGACUGGCAGGGUCUCCGGCCCCCUGUAGAUGCUGCCAUUGUGGGACGAGUCUACGUCAGUCCCAAGCCCACGCCAUCUCUUCCGCCAGCGAGGAGGAGGAGCAGUCGGAAGAGGAGGCCCAGUAGGAGGAAUAGACAGCGUGGACGGCACAAUCGCCAUGUGCUGUUUAGUGAUUUGUGGGGUUAUGAUGACUGGUUUGACUACAGCGACUACAGCGACUACAGCGACAUCAUUGAUGAGAGCACCACACAUGAGUACAAGAGCACUCCUGUUCAAAAUGUGUAUUUUUUCAAGAGAGAUAAAUACUACAGAGCGAAUCUGCAGACAAAACGUGUGGACUCUGUCAAACCUCCAUACCCACGCUCCAUUGCAAAAUACUGGCUGGGCUGCAAGCAUGAGGAGACAGCUGAUGCAUCGAGGGCAGAGAAGAGAUAGGCCAGCUGACUGAGUCUGUGGUUCAGAGGAAAGAAAGAGAAACCCACUCUGUGUUUUAUGUUUUUGUGACCAGUGUUAAAGUAAUUACAAAAUGAACUUAUAAUCACUCCUGAUAAUGUUCUUGUUAAAGCAUGUUGUUCACAGUAAAUACCCCUCUAAUGUCCCCUCAGUAUUAAGGUGGGUAGGAUUCUGCAUAACUUAAUAAACUUGAGAUUUCAAUUAUA